GGCUGUCAGUGCUGAGUCCUCCUCUCGCUGCAACGUGCAGCCGGCCCCCUCAGGAUGAUGCUGUUUGGGUGCAGGAGGAGGCUGUGGUGCGCACUGUCCUUCCUGGGAGCUGCGGCUGGCUGCAGACUGGGCUCUGCAUAUUUGGGGACCAGCACCCCACCUUUUCAGCAAGAAGAGUCUGACUUUCGAAAAUCCAAAGUGGUUGCUCAGCGCAACAUGAAGAUCGAGCUGAUUCCUGCCUUGACGGACAAUUACAUGUACCUCCUGAUUGAUGAGGAGACGAAGGAGGCCGCCAUUGUGGAUCCAGUACAGCCAAAGAAGGUUGUUGAUGCAGUGAAGAAGCAUGGAGUGAACCUGACAUCGGUCCUCACCACACACCACCACUGGGACCAUGCGGGAGGCAAUGAGAAACUUGUGAAAAUGAUGUCAGGGCUGAAGGUUUAUGGUGGAGACAGCAGAAUUGGAGCAUUAACUCAGAGAGUUUCCCAUCUAACCACAUUUCAGGUUGGCUCCCUUCAUGUGAAGUGUCUCUACACACCAUGUCACACCUCGGGACAUAUCUGCUACUAUGUGACAAAGCCCAACAGCUCCGAGCCACCAGCAGUAUUCACAGGUGACACCCUCUUUGUGGCCGGCUGUGGCAAGUUUUUUGAGGGGACGGCGGAAGAAAUGUACAAAGCUCUGAUAGAGAUACUGGGAAAGCUUCCACCAGAGACAAGAGUGUACUGUGGACAUGAAUAUACGAUCAACAAUUUGAAGUUUGCACGUCACGUGGAAUCAAACAAUGAACAGAUCAAACAAAAGUUAUCUUGGGCUAAGGAAACGUACAACAAUGGGGAACCCACCAUUCCAUCCACACUGGCAGAAGAGUUUACAUAUAAUCCAUUUAUGAGGGUCAGGGAGAAGUCUGUUCAGGACCACGCAGGGGAGAGUGACCCCAUUUCUACGAUGGCAUCAAUCCGCAAAGAGAAAGAUAAUUUCAAGCUUAUAACACAGACCUUACCACAUUUUUCAGACAUCCACACCACGGCUGUAGACAGAAGACUCCACUGUCCCCCGCAGUUCUGAAGAUACAUCUGCUCACCACAGCUGGAGUAAUAGGAGAUGAUGGAAAACUUUAAUUAAAAAAAAUCCAUAAUGUAUAAUUAAUACACAAGCCAUUGCAACUGAUAUUAAACAACUACGUUCACACCCA